AGCCUCCCGGUGGUUGAAUACGGAAGUGGAGCUGGGCGGCGCUUCCGCCUGUGGCUGAGGAAAGUUGGGCUGCCAGAUCAGGGCGGAUUCUCGGAUUUUGGAUCAGAAGAUGGACAGUCAGGGGAGGAAAGUGGUGGUGUGUGAUAACGGCACCGGGUUUGUCAAGUGUGGAUAUGCCGGCUCAAAUUUCCCUGAGCACAUCUUCCCCGCGCUGGUGGGGCGACCCAUCAUCCGCUCCACAGCCAAAGUGGGCAACAUCGAGAUCAAGGACCUGAUGGUGGGGGACGAAGCAAGUGAGCUGCGCUCCAUGCUGGAGGUCAACUACCCGAUGGAGAACGGCAUUGUGCGCAACUGGGAUGACAUGAAGCACCUGUGGGACUACACCUUCGGCCCAGAGAAGCUUAACAUCGACUCGCGCAACUGCAAGAUCCUGCUCACGGAGCCCCCAAUGAACCCCACCAAGAACCGAGAGAAGAUCAUUGAGGUGAUGUUCGAGACGUACCAGUUCGCUGGCGUUUACAUCGCCAUCCAGGCUGUGCUCACACUAUACGCUCAAGGCCUGCUCACUGGUGUGGUUGUAGACUCUGGUGAUGGUGUGACUCACAUCUGUCCCGUUUACGAGGGCUUCUCUCUGCCGCAUCUUACACGACGACUGGACAUUGCUGGCCGAGACAUCACACGCUACCUCAUCAAGCUGCUGUUGCUAAGAGGUUACGCCUUCAACCACUCGGCUGACUUUGAGACAGUGAGGAUGAUGAAGGAGAAGCUGUGCUACGUGGGAUACAACAUCGAACAGGAGCAGAAACUUGCUCUGGAGACUACCGUGCUGGUCGAGUCCUACACUCUGCCAGACGGCAGGGUAAUAAAGGUUGGAGGUGAGCGUUUCGAGGCUCCCGAGGCGCUCUUCCAGCCACACCUGAUUAACGUGGAGGGGGUGGGCGUGGCUGAGCUGCUCUUCAACACCAUCCAAGCAGCCGACAUUGACACAAGGGCUGAGUUCUAUAAGCAUAUUGUGUUGUCCGGCGGUUCGACGAUGUAUCCUGGUCUUCCAUCCCGUCUGGAGCGCGAGCUCAAGCAACUUUACCUGGAGAGAGUGCUCAAAGGAGAUGUGGACAAGCUCUCCAAGUUUAAGAUCCGUAUCGAGGAUCCCCCUCGCCGUAAGCACAUGGUGUUUCUGGGCGGAGCCGUGCUCGCUGACAUCAUGAAAGAUAAAGAUAAUUUCUGGCUGACCAGAGAAGAGUAUCAGGAGAAGGGCAUGCGUGUGUUGGAGAAACUCGGCGUGACCGUCAGAUAAAUCUCUCUCUCUCACACACACACACACACACACACACACGGAUUUACACACACAUUCAUACAGGGUGGCAUUUUGGCAGUGUAUAAAUGGGGAAAUUCAGCAGUUCUACCUGAUUGUUGUAAUAAUAAUAAUAAUAAUAACGAUGAUGACAAUAAUACUUGAAUUUUGCAGUCGCAGCGUAAAAAUAUAUCAUCGUCUUAUUGGUGCAACCUUCUGACCACGAUGUGGACUUUAAAGCUCUGAUGGGGGGAAAAAAGGGUUAAGUCAAACCCUUACACAUUAAAGUACUUGUUUAUGCUGCCAAAAUUAAUCCUAGGAUGAAGCCUCUCUCUCUGUCUCUCUCUCGUUCUCUCUCUUUCUAUCUCUCUCUCACUCUCUGUCUCUCUCUUUUUCUCACUCUCAUGUCUUUCACCUUUUGUUGCCACGUGUUAUUAUUUGAAAGGACGUACAGCUCCCACACAUGGUGAUUAAAAACGUGUUUUAAAAAAAACGGUUAAAUAAACAAACAAAUCACUAGCUGGAUCCAGUAGGAUCCAGACAACAAGAACAAUGUGCAUAUAUAUAUUGCAUAUUGCCCCUUUAAAGCCAAAAGGAUCAAACAUGUAAAGGCUCCCAACUGGUAUGAGCCUUUUUUAAAAAUGUAUUACUGUUCUCUUUUUUUUUGUUUGUUUGUUUUUUUUUUUAACUUUGUCAUGUUGCUAUUGUUUUCUAGUCCACUAGAGGGCUCUAAAGCGAACAAAUUCAUUCUGGCGUAUUAGCGGUGGUGUUUAGAGUGUAGUAUAAUGUACGGAAGAAAAAAUUAUGAACGUGUUCCCUAUAUCAGGACCAAAUUCCCAUCAUUCCCACUUAGUGUUUGGUACUGGUACUUUAAAAAACUAAACAAAAAAAAAAACAUUCCCUGUAAAGCUCAGGCAUGCUAAUAAAGCUAAGGAGAAGUGAAAGUAACACAAACAGACCUACCCUUUGUUUAUCGCCUGCAGAAUUAGCUUUUUUUUUUUCUGUCCUCAAGCUGUCCCGUGUCAGUUCCAAGACGUUUUAUUGUCGGUUGGAAAUUUUUACAUCCUUUCCUUUUCGUUAUGUGCUAUCGAUUUUGAAGCAGUUCAUUUUCUCAUAGACAGUCGGGUUGGGAUAGUGCAGCUCGCGUACACAAGCAGGUUUUGUGCAUUAUAUAUAUGAAAAAACUAGCAUACAGGGCUAAUUUAAUAAAAUUAAUCUAAUAAGGCUAGCUGUGUUGCUAUAUCGCUAUGUGGUAUUGGUGGCUCUCCUCACGUUUAAAUGGCUGGUGACUAGCUAGCGUCGGCUAGCUUGCGUCGAAGGACAUCCCUGAAGCUGCUGUAGGGAAGUAAAAAACGGUUGAAAAGGCGACAAAAAUUCAUGACAUUUAAGUUUUUUAUUUUGUUUGUUUGUAUUUCUAAGGUAAAGACAAAAUUUGUUUCUAAAAAUUUUAUGUCAUGGAAAUUUUUUUUAAAUCAUGAAGGACUUUUUUUUCUCUCUGUUGUUGAUUAACAGUAGCUUUUUACCUCAGGAUCGAAAGCCUGGCUGCCAUUUUGAGCUGCGCCACACGGUUGCUACGAUAACCGUGUUACAUCGCGAAUCUCACGGCAGUUCCAGUGAACACGCUUCGUCGUGUUGAGCGGAAGUUAAAAGGCUCAGUCACGGUUGAUCCUCUGAGGUGAUUGAACGAUCGAAUCGCAGUAGUAAUUAUGAAAACAAAUAAAAUUUAAAAAAUUAUAUAAACGUUAAACAGAAACAACUUUUGCUGACGAGUAACAACGUUAGCACAGUUUCUACGUCCUGGCUCCUUAAAUGACGAGGAAGAUCGUUCCUGAUACGAUUGGCUCUGUAAGUAAGGGUGGUGCUAAUGCUAAUGUCAGUGACUGUUUACUAUAAACAAUAAUUGUAAUAAUGAUUUACAACAGCAGCCUGAAUGCUUAUUGGAAGAUAAAGACUUCCUCUUACAUGGAAUAAAUAAAUAAAGACAGGAUUAUUUUGUUGUUUGUUUCUUUUCCAUGAGCGGUAACUCAGUGCCAAGUUUGGUGUCUUUUAUUAUUAUUAUUUUAUUUUUGAGGGGGUGUUUUGUUUUCUUGUAUUUUGUUUUUGUUUGUAGCAUUCUGCCAAACAGCUGAUUUAAAUAAAGUCAAUUCAUUUAUAAUUACA